GCUUGAACAUGUACGGCAAGUUCUUAGUAUUCCUGUGUGCCGCUGGCAUUGCGUCGGCCGGUAAUCUUGCGGGUGUAGCUUACGCUGCCCCUUACGCGGCCCAGACCUACGCUGCUCCCGUCUCUUAUGCUGCGCACACCUACGCCGCGCCUGCGGCCUAUGCUGCGCAGACAUACGCCGCCCCCGUGGCUUACGCCGCCCAGUCAUACGCCGCUCCUGUUGCGACUUACGCUGCGGCGCCCGUUGUAGCUAAGACUUACGCCGCUCCCGCCGUCGCCACCUACGCCGCUCCCGCUGUGACCAGCUAUGCUGCCCCCGUCGUCAAAGCCGUCGCUGCAGCCCCGGCUGUGGCAACUUACGCUGCUCCCGCUGCCGUCACCAGUUAUGCCGCCCCUGUCGUUGCUAAGACCUACGCCGCUGCUCCAGUCGCCACAUACGCCGCCGCUCCUGUUGUUGCCAAGAGCGUGGCUCCGGCUUACUCCUACCAGUCAGUGACCAGGCACUCUGUGUCUGCACCUGUUGUUGCUAAGACUUACGCCGCCGCUGCCCCCGUCGUGGCCGCCCCCGCGGUGUCUUACGCUGCAGCCCCGGUAUUGGCUAAGACCUAUGCUGCUCCUGUGGCCACAUACGCUGCUGCUCCCGUGGCUACCUACGCGGCUGCUGCUCCGGUCGUUGCGAAGGCAGUCGCUCCCGCCGUGUCCUACCAAACUCAAUAUUCCGCCCCAGUAGCUAAGACUGUGGCUUACGCGGCCCCUGCUGUAGCCGCUGCCCCUGUGGCGUAUGCCGCUAGCCCGGUGUACGCUAAGGCUGUUGCCGCUCCCGUUGCAACUUACGCCGCGGCUCCUGCCGUAUCGUACGCCGCUCCCGCUGUAUCCACGUACGCCACCGCCCCCGCCGUGUCCUACGCUGCCCCUGCCUACGCUGCCGCCCCCGUCGCCCCCGUUCUCAAGACCGCGGUCGCCUACUCCGCCGCUCCCGCCGUCUCACACGUCACUUACUCCGGUGUAGGUGCUAACUACGGCUGGUGAAAAUACCAAAGCAAUUGUUGAUAUUUUUAAUGAAGACUGUAUUUUUUAUGAAAAACAUGUAAAUAAAAUACUUUAAUAUGACAAACGAAAGCCAAUAAAAAUCUCGAAACAGAA